AUGGUGGUGGGAUUUAGGGUUCCAAGGCUAUUCAGCGGCCAGAAUCUGAGUGACAAGCUCAACAGGACGCAGCAGAGCUUCGAGAGUGAUAGGUUGAUAUGUGGGUUUUUGGAUCUCACGCUCACGAUCACGAUGAGCGCCGAGGUCCAGACGUGUGGCAAGCCCAUACAGACUCUGGUCGAGCACGUCGUCAAUGUUAACAUUUUGUCGUCAGAAUACUUCAAGGAGCUCUACCGCCUCAAGACGUUUCACGAGGUCGUGGACGAGAUUUACAACCAUGUCGCCCAUGUGGUGCCCUGGAUGACUGGAAAUUCCCGCGGCCCUUCUCCAGCGUUUUGCCUCCUUUGCAAGUUUUUCACCAUGAAGCUCACUGACGAGCAGGUCCAGGAGUUUCUCAACCACGCUGAUUCUCCUUACGUUUGUGCGGUAUGA